CUAACGACCAGCUAGCCGUUUCCCCGGCCCGCUCAACUCUCCCACUCUCUUUUCCCACUUCCUCUCUAUCAGUUACUAUAGUACUGUUAUCACCUGUCUUAGGGACUGGUUUUCGUGGUUUUCGCCAUUCAUAUCAUUUUGGAGUCCUCGUCGGAUCACUAUGGCGUCCUCGAUUCUUCCGGUCGCUCUGCAGAAUAAGCUGCUGGGCUACGGAAGAGCUCAGAAUCCGUAUCUCGCCGCUGCCUUGAACUUGGACCUAAUCCGAAACAUUGUAUUCUUCCUCUUCGUUUUCCGCUACGUCCGCAAGACCUUCUAUUCUUUGCGCGGCUACGGCCUGGUCGGCAGUCUCCGAAAUGUUUAUUUCGCCAUCCGCCUCUUUCUCUACUCCGUCUUUCUGCGCGCCCCCGGCGUCCGGGGUCAGGUCGACAAGCAAGUGUCGGAGGCCAUUGAGGGCCUGGAGAAUAAGCUCGUGACGACGGGCCCCGAUGUCACCCGGUAUCUCGCGCUCCCGAAGGAGGGAUGGACCCCCGAACAGAUCCGCGCCGAGCUGGAGAAAUUGUCUAAUAUGGAGCAUACGCGGUGGGAGGAUGGGCGAGUCAGUGGGGCUGUGUACCAUGAGGGCAAGGACUUGCUGAAGGUCCAAACGGAGGCAUUUGACAAGUUCGGUGUCGCGAACCCGCUGCACCCGGAUGUCUUCCCUGGUGUCCGGAAGAUGGAGGCUGAAGUUGUCGCAAUGGUUCUUGCACUGUUUAACGCUCCUUCGGAUGGCGCUGGUGUCACUACCAGCGGUGGUACCGAGUCGAUUCUGAUGGCCUGUUUGGGAGCACGGAACAAGGCUUAUGCCGAGCGUGGUGUCAAGGAGCCUGAAAUUAUUAUCCCGGAUACUGCUCAUGCUGCUUUCUACAAGGCCUGCAGCUACUUUGGAAUGAAGCUGCACCGCGUUCCUUGUCCGGCGCCGGAGUACAAGGCUGACGUCGCUGCUAUGCGCCGUUUGAUCAACCCGAACACUGUUCUUCUUGUUGGAUCUGCGCCCAACUUCCCUCACGGUAUGGUCGAUGAUAUCCCGGCUUUGUCCCGCCUGGCAACUGCGUACAAGAUUCCCCUGCAUGUCGAUUGCUGUCUCGGUUCCUUUGUCAUUGCGCACCUCAAAAAGGCGGGCUUCCCUUCGCCAUAUGAGGAAGAGGGUGGGUUUGAUUUCCGCCAGCCCGGUGUGACGAGCAUCAGUGUGGAUACACACAAGUAUGGCUUCGCGCCCAAGGGCAACUCCGUUGUCCUCUAUCGCAACCGAUCCUACCGUCGUUACCAGUACUUCAUUUACCCCGAUUGGUCCGGUGGGGUCUACGCCUCCCCGUCCGUGGCCGGAUCCCGUUCCGGCGCUCUCAUUGCGGGCUGCUGGGCCAGUAUGGUGAGUCUCGGCGAACAUGGUUACAUCAACAGCUGCCUUGAGAUUGUGGGUGCCGCGAAGAAAUUCGAAGCCGCACUCAAGGAGAACUCGGUCCUCAAAGCGAACCUCGGAGUCAUCGGAAAGCCCAUGGUGAGCCUUGUUGCUUUUGACAGCCAGAACGGCGGCAUCGACAUCUACGACGUCGCAGACGCCUUGUCCUCCAAGGGCUGGCAUCUCAGCGCCCUCCAGUCGCCCCCCGCGAUCCAUGUGGCCUUCACCGCCCUCACGGCCAGAGCAGUCGACAAACUGAUCUCGGAUCUCGCCGAGGUCGUCGAGAUACAGUUGGCCAGGGCCGAGGAGCGGCAGCGCCAGGGUAAAUCAUAUGUCAUCAAGCGCGGUGACACCGCUACUCUGUAUGGUGUCGCGGGCAGCAUGCCCGACAAGAGCAUCAUCAGCCGCCUGGCAGAAGGUUUCCUCGACACCCUGUACAAGGCCUAAGCGUGCUUGCUCUGGUAUAUCAAAUCGUGCUGCGAAGCAUCCAAGGAGUGCGGGGCUCCUGCUGUACAAAGUCCUCGCCUGAAGCCUUGUUCUUUAGUAGGCUUGCUGCCAACAUACCUAGGUAGUUUGAAGAUUGGUGGUGUUGGGGCGUCUUUUGGUUGCAUACAUACAUACUCCUCCGUUUCUCAAAAAAAACGGGAUAGCGUAUCUUUAACAACGAUGCGAUUCAUACAUAUUCAAUGCAUUCAGUGUAA